AUGGACAGCGAAUGGUUUCGAGGACAAGUCGUCUUCCUGACAGGGGCAACUGGGAAUCUUGGCAGCUGUCUGUUAUACAAGCUAGCCAUUCAACUUCCAACCGCCAAAAUAUUUGUUCUCGUGCGGGGGUCUGUCCAAAGGGCUAUCGAAGCAUGGGAGCAGUCGAUGCCAGAGCAAGUGGAAGAGAUUAUCGCUACUUGCAAGAUCCAAUUCUUCCUCGGUGACAUGACCCAGCCUAACCUCGGUCUUUCACCCGAAAGCCUAUCACGCCUGCAAAAUGAGGCCACGGUGGUGGUCAACGCCGCUGGUGACAUUGCUCUAUCUCGAGAUCUCGCAGAGACUAUACCAGUCAAUUGCGCUGCUCAUCUGACACUGGCCUCCCUACUCGACAGCUUCACUCAGCUACAGCGCUUCCUACACAUAUCGACUACGUAUGUCUCCAGCUUUCUCCCCAACGGGGUGGUCAAGGAGCAAAUCUACCCUCUAUACAAAGACCCGGUAGAGGAACUAGGGAAGAUUCUCGUUACAGGAAAGUCAUCCUAUACCAAACAAUUCGCAGCUCCCUACGCAUUGGCCAAGCACCUAGCCGAAUGUCUGCUUCUGGGCGGCAACCACAAAUUCCCCAUCCUCAUAGUGCGACCCUGUCUCAUAUCACCGGCAAUCGAGGAGCCCUACCCGCUCUACGGCAGCGACGGCGCCAUACCCGUACAUUCCUUCUUCCAGAUACUCCUAGGAGACUCGGAGUAUUGGUAUCUGAAGCUCGAGCAGAAACUACCUUCACACGCAGCCUGCAAUGAGAUUCCAGUUGACCUCGUGGCACGUACUUGUCUGGCUCAUGUUGCCCAAGGGACGACGGGUGUGGUCCACGCCAGCGCGGACCUGUACGUCUCUCGAACAAUUGGGGGACUACUCGAGCGAGUGCGCCGCUACGCGCCAGAGGGAGCGGCGGAGCAGGUAAGAAAGAUCGGGAUUGGACAAGGAGAAGUUACGGCUCCUCAGUUUUACACCAUGAUCCAGCAAUUCGCGCGGGACUGGAAGAUUGACUGUACGCGAUCUGCUCACCUGAAGCAGGUAGCGGGUCCACUGGGACUUGACCUUGGCAAUCAUGACCCAGAGAUAUUCUUUAAACUACGUAUCGAGCGACUGGCCAAGAGUCUUCUGGCGAAGCUGGAAAGCGCUAGUGUGGCAAGCAACAAGGUCUAUCCGACUAUCUCUUGA